UCAGUGGGUCCAUAUGGUGAGACAUACCCAGCAAGUCAUGAUGCAAGCCAGGCCAUGAAUAUAAAAGCUGAGGAAGUCUCAGACUCACAAGAGGAAGUGAAGCCUGUGCAAAUAACAGUUCAAGAAAUAAAGGCUGAACCUGAGAGCUGUAGAAAUUUGGAGAACGCUUUAGUGGGUCCAUAUGCUGAGACAUAUCCAACACCUCAUGAUGCAGAUCAGGCCAUGAAUGUAAAAGCUGAGGCAGUCUCAGAUGCAGAAGAGGAAGAGGAUCCUCUGCAAAUAACAGUUCAGGAAGUAAAGGCUGAAUCUGAGGGUAAUUUGAAUGAAUUUCAACCCAUACAUGGUGAGGAGCGCCAAUAUUCCUGUAAUGAGUGUGGUGAUUCAUUCAGUCAAGAGAAAAUUCUGAUAGCACACCAGCACAUACAUAGUGGGGAGCAGCCAUUUUGUUGCUUCGUGUGUAAUAAUUCAUUCAGUCAGCAGAGUAGUCUGAAGGCACACCAACGCGUACAUAGCUGGAAGAAGCCAUAUUGCUGUGAUGUAUGUAAAAAGUCAUUUAGAAAGCCUAGUCAUCUGAAGACACAUCAGCGCCUACAUAAUAUUACUUGCAUAAACCGUGUGGAACAGAAGGAUGUGGAGAUUGUGUCCAUUUCACUGUCAGUGUGCUCCUACUGUUUGCAUGUCAUGUCAUAUGCUAACAUAGCCAAGAUGGGCCAGAGAAGCAUGGCUCUUCCUCUUUGA